AUGCCUUCAUCACAACUCCCAACCUCCUCCCUCACCUCCUCCACCUCCCCAUCAUCCUUCCCCCAAGAAGACGCCUACUCCCUAGAAUCAUACACUCAGAAGAUGUUCCAGCACACCAAAAAGCAAAUGGAAGCCGCCUCGCGCUCUGCCCGCCGCAGAAUCGCUCAAGCGGACGGCGUCAGCAACAUGGCUACUUUAAGCAAAGAGGGAUCGAUGGACAGCGCGCGAAGCAGCGUUAGUUCGCAGGGUCAUGCGUAG